AUGAAAGCCCAUCGAGCAGAUGCAAUGCCUCAAUCUCCCCAGGCCAUCAAUCGAGCUCGGAAUCAUCCUGAUAUUGCUGCCAAAUUGGCUACUUGUCCCUUUAAUGCUCACCACCUGGUUCCAAGAGAUCAACUCAGUGAAUAUAUUGCAACUUGUAUGGACAAAACUUCCCUUGAAGAUGAUGUAGAUAACAUCAUAUGGAACGAGAAACAAUACAAGAGUUCUGAAAGUACAUGGAAAUAUGUUUCCUCUGAGGAUGACUGGGAUAAAGUAUCCUUGGAAGAUCCUAGCACAAGUUUUGUUUGGGGCACAAUCAAAUCAACUGGCAACAAAAGAUUAAAAAAGCAUAUUCAGCAUAAGACUGUGGAGAGCUGCGGGAGCCGCGACCAAAGACGGCGUGGCCGUAAGAGAAUAAAGUUUGAUGGGGCAGUGAUAUUUCCUUACUACAUUGGAUAUUAG